AUGUCACAAAGACUGAUAGCCGAUGCGGUAGAAAUCGCCAAGCAUUCCAGUAUUAACAGAAUAGAAGGCGUGGUGCUGACAAGCAUGCGGCCCUUGUCGCACAAACCAGACGAUCAGAAACCAUCCAAAUCAGACGUGAAGUCAGUUCCUUCCAAUCCUCCGUCAAAACGACCCCGUAUCGCGGGCAAAGCGAAAAAUUCUGUUUCAUCAACAAUGAUGGCCAAACGUUGGUUUGGUGGCCACCUAAUGGAGGCAAUGAAAGAUCCCAAGGUUGUCGUGAAACAAUCGGACUUGUGGGUCAUCAUUCGAGACAGAUAUCCAAAAGCCACCCAUCAUUUUCUUAUCCUGCCGAAGAAACCUAUUCGACGCCUGACAGACGUCGGUACCACGGACUUGUCGCUGUUGCAAUCGAUGCACAGGGCGGCCGAAUCAUUAGCGCUUGAACACAUCGAGUAUGAAUUUCAAAUUGGAUAUCAUGCGGUGCCAUCCAUGCUUCAACUUCAUUUGCAUGUGAUCAGCACGGAUUUUUGCUCCCCAUGCUUGAAAACGAAAAAACAUUGGAACUCAUUUACCACAAACUUCUUCAUUCCAUCUCAAGAUUUCAUGAAGAUGGUUGAAGAUAAUCGCCAGCACGAACUACUUGACAGAGUCAAAUAUGAAAAGCUGCUGAAACAAGACCUCAAGUGCCACAAAUGCCAUGUCGGAUUCAAGACUAUUCCUGCUUUGAAGGCGCACUUAGAGCAGCACAAUUCUGAGCGGCAAUCUAACGCUACUGACUGCAAGUGUCCGCGUUAG